AUGCCUGGAGGCAUAGGGGGCCGACCACAGCCCCAGGUCGCUCAGGGCUCCUCUGGUACCCAGAAAGGAAGCAAACAGCGGCAGCACGUUUGCAUAGAAAAGGGGGCAGGGGAAGGCGAGGUUGUCGGUCGCUGUCCUAAGGGAGAAGCACUUCAGAAUCCUGGGAAUGGGGCGCUAAGCAUACUAGGCAGGAGGAAUAGCCUAGAAGUGAGGCGUAGCAGCGGCCCUGAGGAUCCUUUCCUUCAAACUUACCAGCACUACCACCAGCAAAACAGAGAGAGUUUUAAAUUGGAGUCUCCUUGUCCUAACCCCGACAGCCACCCCCUCACUUCGGCCUUCCCGCGCCUAAGGAAGGGGGAGGACACCCGGGCUCUGUCCCACCCUCCACGGGGCGCUCCCCUCCGCCUCGGAAGCUCAGAACGAGAGCGAGGGCUUUCCCCCCUUUCCCCUGGGGGUCUCCAACUUCCUCUAAACCUCGGUCGUUCUCCGAAAAGCCCGGAGGACAGGAAGUCACUAGGGCAUUCUGUUUGCCCUUUGGCCCUGAAACCCGGUUCGGCCUCCGAUGCUCCCCUCCCCCAUCUCACUCAAUCCUCUGGAGGCAAACAUCCAGCAGUCACGUGGAGAGCGCCGGAUCUUCGACUGGCCGCUGAGGCUUGGAAGAGAGCGCCGGGAAGUGGCGGCGGAUCAGGGGCUGAGGAGACGGUUGACGCCGGACCUGGCGGUCGACUGCGCAGCCAGAAGCAGCUUGUGAUUGGCACAGUUGAAGAAUCUAGAAUUUACAGACUAGGAGUAAACGCAGAUAUGUUGCAUAACUCUCAAUCAAAUGAUAUUCCUCAACGUCGUGACUCAAAUUACAGUAGCCCAAGUAACAAGCAUUCACUGGAAGAGGAUGAAAGCAGUAACUUUAUAACACAGAGCAGGGAUUUGCUGAGCCCAGUGUACUGCACACAAGAGUCAAGAGAGGAACCUUCAGGGCCAGAAGCUGGAGCAGAUCCCUCUGAUGGUCAGCAAGAUUCAGAAUGCCACAGAAACAAAGAAAAUACCUUAGGAAAAGAAGUAGUAUUAUUGAUGCAAGCCUUAAACACUCUUUCAACUCCAGAGGAGAAGCUGGCAGCACUGUGUAAGAAAUAUGCUGAUCUCCUGGAGGAGUUCAGGAACGUUCAGAAGCAAGUGAAGAUUCUGCGGAAGAAGCAAGCCCAGAUCGUGAAAGAGAAAGUUCAGUUGCAGAGUGAACACAGCAAGGCUAUCUUGGCAAGAAGCAAACUAGAGUCUCUUUGCAGGGAACUUCAACGUCACAAUAAGACAUUAAAGGAAGAAAAUAUGCAGCAGGCAAGAGAAGAAGAAGAAAGACGUAAAGAAGCAACUGCACAUUUCCAAUUUACUUUGAAUGAAAUCCAGGCACAACUAGAACAACAUGAUGUACACAACGCCAAACUCCACCAGGAAAAUAUUGAACUGGGAGAGAAACUGAAGAAGCUUAUUGAACAGUAUGCACUGAGGGAGGAGCAUAUUGAUAAAGUGUUCAAACACAAGGAACUGCAACAACAACUUGUGGAUGCCAAGCUUCAGCAAACAACACAGCUCAUAAAGGAAGCUGAUGACAAACAUCAAAGAGAAAGAGAGUUUCUAUUAAAAGAAGCAACAGAAUCGAGGCACAAGUUUGAAGAAAUGAAACAGCAAGAAGUACAGUUAAAACAGCAGAUGACAAAGAAAAUUAAAAAACUGGAAAAAGAAAUGAUAAUAUGGCGUACCAAAUGGGAAAAUAAUAAUAAAGUACUUCUGCAAAUGGCUGAAGAGAAAACUGUCCGUGAUAAAGAGUACAAAGCCUUUCAAAUAAAACUGGAACGAUUAGAGAAGCUGUGCAGAGCUCUUCAAAUGGAAAGAAAUGAGCUCAGUGAGAAGGUGGAAAUUCUGAAAGAGCAGGUCUCUGUAAAAGCAGCAGAUGUAGAUUCAGCAACACCUGUGAUACAGCCCUGCACUGCUCUUGAUUCUAAGAAAGAGCUGAACACCACCUCUAAAAGAGCUCCAGGAGGCAACCUGAAGGCUAAGCCCAAAGGAAUAAAUGAAACAAAAUGCAGCUUAAAAGAUCCUCUCCACAUGAUCUCUUCUGGGCAUUGAUUCAGUUGACUAAGAUGAAGUGUGAUCACUGUAAUGAGAGAUAUAUUUUGCAUAUAACUUUUCUAUAGUAGUUCCUCUUCCUUUUGUGAUGAAAAUUUUCUUACUUUUUCUACCAUAUCUGUAUUUUCUUAGCUGUUGGACUACAUGGUACAGGAGGCUGCUUAGCAGUCGGGCAUUGUUUUAAUGUAUACAUUUUUCCACAGCUGUAUUAUACACAUCUGCCUUAUUUUUCCUUCAUUGGACUGUAUGUGUUCAUUGCCUUGUCCUUUGAAUGUAUCGGUUCAUCUGCUCAUUGCCUUCUCCCUGCCUCUUGCAUAUAUUUAUCAGAAUUAAAUUGAGACUUGUCUGAUAAU